AAUAAGUAUAACGGCAUCCCAAAAAGUGUAAAAUUAACGCUAUUUGAUUCAAAUUGGGGUUGGCACACAAGCAUACAGCUGUUUGUUUCUUUUUUCCGCUACAAAAGCCCUCAAUUCGAAGUAGCAAUAGAUUAUAAAGAAACUACCGCUUUCACUUCAAUAAUUCGAAUCAGAGAAACCCCCCCUCCUGCUCCGCCGUUCUCCGGCGGCCGUCCUCUCUCCUUUCUCUCUCUUUCUUUCCAUCUUCGAUUAAAGAAUCCUUCCCCAUUACUUAAUUCAACUCCGCUGCAGUUCGAUCCCAACCCCAAUUGUCUUCCCUCUGGAGUUGAUUUUGAUUUAAUCUCAUCGGGAAAUGGAACAAAUACGGCAAGAUUGAUUCUUAAAGAAAGAGAGAAAAGGGGGAGAAAGAAAUUUUUUUAGCAGAGUGAUGUUUAAGGAGAGGCAGAAGAAGAAGGGUUCAAUGGGGAAGGAGGAAGAGGAAUUGAUUCUGGAAGUCAAUUUAAUCUCAGCCCAGGGUUUGAAGGCGCCGUCGGGAAAUCCCCGGAAGAUGUACAGCUACGCGGUUCUUUGGGUUGACCCGUCUACCAAGCUCCGAACCCGGGUGGAUCGUGUCGGGGCGGAAAACCCUACUUGGAACGACAAGUUCUUGUUCCGGGUUUCUCCCGACUUCAUCGCCAGCGAUACUUCCGGCGUCGUCGUCGAGAUUUACGCCGUGGGCUACAUCAGGGACUACCUCGUCGGAACCGUGCGUUUCCUCAUCAGCAGCUGCCUCGGAAAACCCACCUCCGGCGAAAUUGGUACUCCGGCUUUCACCGCGGUUCAAAUCAGGCGUCCUUCCGGCCGUUUCCAUGGAGUCCUCAACUUAGCCGCUUCCGUUUCCAGUUGUACAACAAGCUCCGAUCUUGAAAUCUUUCACGGCUUUUAUGGGAUUAGCUUGGGUGAUGUUGCCAGUCAUCGGGAUAAGAAAGAGAAAGACGACAGCCGCCGGUGGAGGAGGCUGAGCCGGAUUGGCUCAAAGGCCAGCGACCUUUCUUCCGGCGCUGAAUCUUGCGAAUUAGACUUCUCUUCUUUGGAUUUGUCGGAGGAUGGUUCAGAAUCAACCUGCACAACGGCGUCCAUUUCGUCGACGUCUCCGUCGGCGGCGGUGCCGGCAAGUGCCCUGAAAGAAUGGAACGGCGUGGGUUUGAAAUUGGCAGGGGCUUUGAAGGAAUUGAACAGGGAUGCUGGAGAAGUAGCUGGAAAGGGAGGAGGAGGAAUGAUGUGCGGGCUAUUACUGCAGAGAAGGAUUCCUUCAGGUCAGAAUCUUGGUUUCUGGGACGACAACAUUUAACAACAGCCCUUUUGUUAAAUCUGAUUGGUUUUGAGUUUUGACGGUGGAUGAUUGAUCUUAGAGAAGAAGAUCCUGAACCGUCCCUGUUGCCGGAAAAUCAUGAUUGAUCCAUAUACACUUUAGUGAAGAAUUUUUGAAACAGGGUAGCCGUUGCUGUGUUUUCACCCCAAUAAUUCAUUGCUUUCACUCAGUCUUUGUAGAGUUAUUGUGUAGUUCAGUUCUUACCAGUAUAUGACCUAGUAUGUAUGCACAUUAGAGGAUGUUAGCUCCAUUUGGUUCUUUAAUCUUUUGAUUGUUUCUCAUUGUUCUGUUUUGGACCUAGGAAAAUAUCAAUCCAACAAUUUUGGCCCUGAAUUCAUCAGUCUAGUUUGGUUGCAGUUUAGACUUCAGAUUUUGUGAGUACUCAAAUUGUAGGAUUGAGGAUGCAUCAAGCUUGUUGCUUGGUUAAGUGUGUUGAUUUCAUUUUUCCAACCACGAGUUCUGUUUCCAUGUGAAAUUGAGUUCUGUUUCCUUUUUGCAAUGUCAAAUUGUGAUCAUCUUUUUAAGAUGCAAAAUUGGAUUCAAA